CUAUUUUGAUCCGUAUGUUUUACUCCAAUCAAGAUUAGCCAGUUAAUUGUAGGACGUAUAUUACCAGAUUGUAACCAGAUCGAUCAGUAUUGAUUAAUGGAUCAACAAGAUUACGAAACGCUAGGAUCAUCGGAGAAUAAUCAACUCAGCCUUGCCUCUAUUAGCAGUAAGCUCAACGCUAAGGCGCCUGAGUUUGUCCCACGUUCGGCUUCUGUACCCUCGCAUUCACAGUCGCUGUCUCCGCCGCCUUCCACGCCGGUGGUGCAGCCGGUUCAUACGAGGCCUCCAUUCGUGUCGCCGAUGAGGCCCUACUAUGGGUUUGGUGGCCAAGUGGCGGUACAGAACUAUUAUCAACAUGGGGGAAUGCCGUUUUAUGGGUACUUACAUCCAUCCAAGGAAUUGGUUAACGGGAUCCAAACCCCUGCAGCAUCUCCAGAAAUGGCGGAUGUUAAUACUGCCGGCGCUACCGUUUCUUUAAAAAACGGAAUGCCAGAUGCUCAUCAGAAAAUUCUCAGUCAGGUGGAAUUUUAUUUCAGUGAUAUAAAUCUGGCUACCACUGAUCAUUUAUUUGGGUUCAUGAUAAAGGAUUCUGAUAGCUAUGGUAAGGUUUUGCAUAACAAUGUUUAUUUUCAUGAUCCUUUUUGCCUGCACUAUUUAAUCUCUUAACAUUCUAGUAUCAAU